AUGAUCUUCCAAAAGAAGAGGUGUUCCUUGAAAGCUGAGCUGUUGGAUGGCUGCCCAGAACAGAUUCAGGUUGAAUCAUUUAUUUUGGACCAAGAAGACCUGGAUAAUCCGGUGCUUAAAACAACAUCCGAGUUAUUCUUAUCAAGUGCUGCAGCAGGAGCCGAUUUAAGAACUGUGGAUCCAGAAACACAAGCAAGAUUAGAAGCCUUGCUAGAAGCAGCAGGAAUUGGUAAAUUGUCCACUGCCGAUGGUAAAGCCUUCGCAGAUCCUGAGGUGCUUCGAAGACUGACCUCCUCUGUUAGCUGUGCAUUGGAUGAAGCUGCCGCUGCAUUGACACGGAUGAGAGCAGAGAACAAUCACAAUGCAGGACAAGUGGACAAUCGCAGUUUGGCAGAAGCAUGCUCAGAUGGGGAUGUGAAUGCUGUCCGGAAGCUGCUGGAUGAAGGAAGAAGUGUAAAUGAGCAUACUGAAGAAGGGGAGAGUCUCCUUUGCUUGGCUUGUUCCGCUGGGUACUAUGAAUUGGCACAAGUGCUACUCGCGAUGCAUGCGAAUGUUGAAGAUCGAGGGAAUAAAGGAGACAUAACCCCAUUGAUGGCAGCUGCAAGCGGAGGCUAUGUAGACAUUGUAAAACUGCUACUUGUUCAUUGUGCCGAUGUCAAUGCCCAGUCUUCAACAGGGAACACAGCACUCACUUAUGCCUGCGCUGGGGGAUUCGUUGACAUAGUGAAAGUGCUAUUGAAAGCAGGUGCUAAUAUAGAAGAUCAUAAUGAAAAUGGACAUACUCCUUUAAUGGAAGCAGCCAGUGCAGGUCAUGUUGAGGUUGCGAGAGUACUUCUGGAAUAUGGUGCAGGAAUCAACACUCAUUCCAAUGAGUUCAAAGAAAGUGCACUUACACUAGCUUGCUAUAAAGGCCAUUUAGAUAUGGUUCGUUUUCUGCUUGAAGCUGGAGCUGAUCAAGAACAUAAAACAGAUGAGAUGCACACAGCCCUAAUGGAGGCCUGCAUGGAUGGACACGUGGAAGUAGCUCGUUUACUUCUAGACAGUGGUGCUCAAGUCAACAUGCCUGCGGAUUCAUUUGAAUCUCCACUUACAUUAGCUGCUUGCGGUGGACAUGUGGAACUAGCCGCACUACUAAUAGAAAGGGGAGCAAAUCUUGAGGAAGUUAAUGAUGAAGGUUAUACUCCGCUGAUGGAAGCUGCACGUGAAGGGCAUGAGGAGAUGGUAGCACUGCUACUGGCGCAGGGAGCAAAUAUAAAUGCACAGACAGAAGAAACACAAGAAACAGCUCUUACUCUGGCGUGCUGUGGAGGAUUUUCUGAAGUAGCUGAUUUCCUUAUUAAGGCAGGAGCUGACAUAGAACUUGGUUGCUCUACACCUUUAAUGGAAGCUGCUCAAGAGGGACAUCUUGAAUUGGUGAAAUAUUUAAUGGCAAUAGGAGCGAAUGUCCAUGCAACCACCGCUACCGGAGACACAGCUUUGACCUAUGCCUGUGAAAAUGGACAUACUGAUGUUGCAGAUGUAUUGCUUCAAGCUGGUGCUGAUUUAGAGCAUGAAUCUGAAGGUGGAAGGACACCGCUAAUGAAGGCUGCACGAGCUGGUCAUUUGUGCACUGUACAGUUUCUUAUUAGCAAAGGUGCCAACGUUAAUAGGGCUACUGCUAAUAACGACCACACUGUGGUAUCGUUGGCAUGUGCGGGGGGCCACCUUGCAGUUGUUGAACUCCUUCUGGCUCAUGGUGCAGACCCUACUCAUCGACUUAAGGAUGGCUCCACGAUGCUCAUUGAAGCUGCAAAGGGUGGACAUACAAAUGUUGUUUCUUACUUACUGGAUUACCCCAACAAUGUUCUGUCAGUUCCUACUGCAGACAUGUCUCAGCUCACACCACCUUCUCAGGAUCAGUCUCAGGUUCCACGUGUACCAAUGCAUGCACUUGCCAUGGUUGUACCUCCCCAGGAACCUGAUAGAGCUCCUCAAGAGAAUUCUCCUCCACUCUUGGGAGUACAGAAAGGUACAUCCAAGCAGAAGUCAAGUUCCCUGCAGGUAGCAGAUCAGGACCUACUGCCACCUUUUCACCCAUACCAGCCUUUGGAAUGCAUAGUUGAAGAGACUGAAGGCAAGCUGAACGAACUUGGACAAAGAAUUAGUGCUAUUGAAAAAGCACAACUUAAAUCAUUGGAAUUAAUUCAAGGUGAACCUUUGAAUAAAGAUAAGAUUGAAGAACUUAAAAAGAACAGAGAAGAACAAGUACAGAAGAAGAAGAAAAUAUUGAAGGAGCUACAGAAGGUGGAAAGGCAGUUGCAGAUGAAAACACAGCAGCAGUUUACCAAAGAAUAUUUGGAGACCAAAGGUCAGACAGACACACCACUUCCCCUGCAGCAGCAGUGCCCACCCACAGGUGUCUUCCCAGAAGUGGAAGGAGAUGAGGGUCUACCAGAGGAAAACUUUUCAGAGUUACCUCAGGUUGACACAAUCUUGUCUAAAGAUGACGAGCAGCAACAGUCUUCACCACCUGCUGAGCAAAUAGAAUUUGUCCCUAUCCAGGCAUUGUCAACACCUCAAUGUAAUUUUUCCGGUAAUUUAGGUUAUAAUGGGACAGAUUCUCUUGACCUUCAGAAAGUACUAGGUAAUCAGCAAAAUGUAGGACAGCAGCAGCAAAUUGCUGGACAUGGGCAGGGGCUGUUAGUUCAAGAACCAGACGGAUUAAUGGUUGCCACUCCAGCACAGACGCUUACCGACACUCUUGAUGACCUAAUAGCAGCUGUGAAUAGCAGAGUGCCCACUGGCUCCACUAGUUCCUCACACACUACGGAAUCCCCUACACCUGAGCCCUGUACACAAACACCAAGCAAUGCUGGUUCUCAGUCUGUGCUCCCCAUGUAUCCUUCAGUUGAUAUUGAUGCGCAUACGGAGAGUAAUCACGACACUGCACUGACCCUUGCAUGCGCAGGAGGCCAUGAAGAGCUUGUAUCUGUAUUGAUAGCACGAGGUGCUAAUAUUGAACACAGAGACAAGAAGGGUUUUACACCGCUUAUUCUGGCUGCAACUGCUGGACAUGUUGGUGUGGUGGAAAUUCUUUUAGACAAAGGUGGGGAUAUAGAAGCACAGUCAGAGCGCACAAAGGACACUCCACUUUCGCUGGCAUGUUCUGGAGGACGCCAAGAGGUAGUUGACUUGCUGCUGGCUCGAGGAGCAAAUAAAGAGCAUAGGAACGUGUCUGACUACACACCGCUAAGCCUUGCUGCAUCUGGGGGAUAUGUCAACAUCAUUAAGAUUCUGCUUAAUGCUGGAGCAGAAAUUAAUUCAAGGACUGGAAGUAAGCUAGGGAUUUCUCCUCUGAUGUUGGCUGCUAUGAAUGGCCAUGUACCUGCAGUGAAACUGUUGCUUGAUAUGGGUUCUGAUAUUAACGCGCAAAUUGAGACAAAUAGAAAUACAGCCCUGACCCUGGCCUGUUUCCAGGGUAGAGCCGAGGUGGUCAGUCUCCUUUUGGAUAGGAAAGCCAAUGUUGAACAUAGGGCUAAGACGGGUCUCACCCCUUUGAUGGAAGCUGCUUCUGGAGGGUAUGCAGAGGUUGGAAGAGUUCUCCUUGAUAAAGGAGCAGAUGUCAAUGCUCCACCUGUGCCUUCCUCAAGAGAUACUGCUUUAACAAUUGCAGCAGACAAAGGCCAUUACAAGUUCUGUGAGCUCCUAAUUAAUAGAGGAGCACAUAUUGAUGUUCGUAACAAGAAGGGAAAUACCCCACUCUGGUUGGCAGCUAAUGGCGGUCACUUUGAUGUAGUGCAAUUACUUGUCCAGGCUGGAGCUGAUGUGGAUGCAGCAGAUAACCGGAAAAUUACACCUCUUAUGUCAGCUUUUCGUAAGGGUCAUGUGAAAGUAGUUCAGUACCUUGUGAAAGAAGUUAACCAGUUUCCUUCAGACAUCGAGUGCAUGCGAUAUAUAGCAACCAUAACUGACAAGGAGCUAUUGAAGAAGUGUCACCAGUGUGUGGAGACAAUUGUGAAGGCUAAAGACCAGCAAGCUGCAGAAGCAAAUAAGAAUGCAAGUAAGGUGAGUGGAGAAAUCUGUCAUCUUAGAUUGUCAAGAGAAGAGAGCAGAAAACAGGCUCUUGCUGCGAAAAGAGAAAAGAGAAAGGAAAAGAGAAAGAAGAAGAAAGAGGAGCAAAAGAGAAAACAAGAGGAAGAUGAGGAAAACAAACCUAAGGAAACUUUAGAGCUGCAAGAAGAUGAUGAUGAAGAGGAGAAUGAUGAUGAAGUGGAGCAAGACGUUCCUAUUGAGCCGCCGAGCGCAACCACUACAACCACAAUUGGAAUCUCUGCAACGUCAGCUACUUUCACAAAUGUCUUCGGGAAAAAGAGAGCCAACGUGGCAACAACUCCUGGCACAAACAGAAAAAAUAAGAAGAACAAAACGAAGGACACUCCUCAGAAUGUGCAGAUAAUUUUGCCAGAUCAGCAUAUAUCUCUAGCACAGCAAAAAGCAGAUAAAAAUAAAAUAAAUGGAGAGCCACGAGGUGGCGGUGCAGGUGGGAAUAGCGAUUCGGAUAACCUGGAUAGCACAGAUUGCAAUAGCGAGAGUAGCAGUGGAGGUAAAAGCCAGGAGUUGAACUUCACUAUGGAUACAAGCACUUCUGGUGAUAGGGGAUAUGCCUCAUUACUGCUCCCUUCUCAGGAAGAAAAGACAAGCACCUCAGCUUCAAAAAUACAAACGAGACUUGAAGGUGACACUAAUCCAAAUUCAUUAUCGGCAAGUUAUAAAUCUGUGUCCCUGCCUCUGACCUCUCCAAACAUAAAGCUGAACCUCACUAGUCCAAAAAGAGGCCAGAAAAGAGAAGAAGGCUGGAAAGAAGUGGUUAGAAGGCAAGUAGGCAGAGUUUUGAAAGACCCUCCCACUAACAACACUCUGCAGCCAACACCAAUUGAGCAAUUUCAGCUGCAGAGAGGAGGGCGCUGCUGUUCAGGAGCAAAAAGGUCUAAGAAAUUAUCUGUCCCAGCUUCUGUGGUCUCACGAAUAAUGGGAAGAGGAGGGUGCAACAUCACAGCGAUUCAAGAUGUCACUGGUGCUCAUAUUGAUGUGGACAAACAAAAAGAUAAAAAUGGAGAGAGAAUGAUCACAAUAAGGGGUGGUACGGAAUCAACAAGGUAUGCAGUGCAACUCAUCAGUGCCCUUAUUCAAGAUCCUGCUAAGGAACUGGAAGACUUAAUUCCUAAAACUCAUAUAAGAACACCUGCUCCAAACACCAAAUCAAUCCAUGCAAACUUUUCAUCCGGAGUCAGUACCGCAGCUGCUUCCAACAAACCCUCGUUUCCGCUUGGAGCCCCGCCACUCGUCACCUCUCAGUCAUCGACGCUUUCUACUCUCCAAACCAAUAACAAGCUGAACAAGAAUGUUCCAGCAAAUGUGCGUUCUCCUUUUCCAGUGUCUCUGCCGUUGGCUUAUUCCCACCCUCAUUUUGCCUUGCUGGCUGCUCAAACUAUGCAUCAGAUUCGGCACCCUCGCUUACCUAUGGCUCAGUUUGGAGGAACUUUUUCACCUUCGCCAAACACUUGGGGACCAUUCCCAGUGAGACCAGUUAACCCUAGCAGCACAAACAGCUCUCCAAAGCAUAACAGUUCCAGUCGUGUGGGUAACCAGAAUGGGAAUCUUUUACAGACAGAGUCUACUGGAUUAGCUACUGCUAGCUGCCCUAUUACUGUCUCUUCUGUAGUUGCUUCCACCCAACCGCUCUGUGCGACAAGUGGUCGGACUCCCUCGUCGGUCAGGAAGCAGUUGUUCACCUGUGUUCCGAAAACAAGUGCGGUGGCAACAGCAAUUUCAACUGUGACAAGCACCUGUAGUACUCUGCCUUCAGCUUCCUCUGCACCUGCAAACAAUGGGCAAGUUCCCACAGCAUUUCUGCCCUCUAAUGUUCCACAAACCCAGCAUUCUGCACUUAAAACGGACUCUUUCUCAGCACCCAAAGAGAAGGUGUCAGCACCAGACCAACCUACUGGAAACACUUGUGCACCAUCUUCGGCUGCAAGUAGUUGCAAUAUGUCAGCUAGCAGCAAUCCUGGAGUCCUAGAAACUCGCUCAUCGAGCAGCCCUGAACCUCUAAAUAACGUCCAAGAUGAGAUACUGCCAACCAGCAUGUCAGAUAUAAGUUCCUCUGCGUCCAUGCCUUUUUCAUCUAGCUCAGAACCCACUCCAUUAAGCUUAGCUUCGCCCAGAUCAAUUGCUGCAGAUAAUCAGGACAACAGUAAUUUACCUCAAUUAGCUGUACCAGCACCUAGAGUUUCUCACAGAAUGCAGCCUAGAGGUUCUUUCUAUUCAGUGGUACCAAAUGCAAACCUACAUCAAGAUCAUCAGUCUAUUUUUGUUACGAAUCCAGUUCCUUUAACGCCAUCUCAAGGCCCACCUGCUGCAGUGCAGCUUUCAUCAGCCAUGAACGUUAUGAACGGUUCUCAGAUGCACAUUAACCCAGCAAACAAACCAUUGCCUCCUACGUUUGGGCCAGCAACACUUUUCAAUCACUUCAGUAGUCUUUUUGAUAGCAACCAGGUGCCAGCCAACCAAGGAUGGGGAGACUGUCCAAUGUCCACGCGAGCAGCAGCCGACCCGUCUUUCACUGUUCAGUCUACUUUUCUGAGUAACUCUGUGCUUGGACACAUAGAUAAUGUGCAUCCUGAUAACUCCAAGGCUCCUGGAUUCAGGCCACCUUCCCAGAGAGUUUCUACCAGCCCUGUAGGCUUGCCCUCUCUAGAUCCAUCCAAUGGCUCUGCAGCUGCCUCUGCAGCUCCUCUGACAGGUUUUUCAACAAACAUACAACGGGUUUAUCUUCAAGGGCCAGCACCUGUUGGGACUCCCAGCUUUAACAGACAGCAUUUUUCACCACAUCCUUGGACAAGCGCCACGAAUUCAUCUGCUUCUGCACCUUCUAACUUGGGCCAGCCAAAAGCAGGCAACACAAGUCAAGACCGAAAGGUACCACCACCUAUUGGGACGGAAAGGCUUGCACGAAUUCGACAGGGAGGUUCCGUCACUCCUACCCCCUUGGGAACUAAUUUUACGGCUCCUGUUGGACAUAGUGGUAUCUGGUCAUUUGGAGUUAACAAUGUAUCAGAAGGCUUGUCAGGCUGGUCCCAGCCCAUCAUGGGGAAUCAUCCAAUGCAUCAACAGUUGUCAGACCCAGGCACGUUUUCCCAGCAUCAGCCAAUGGAGAGAGAUGAUUCUGGAAUCGUGGCUCCCUCAAACAUUUUCCACCAACCUAUGCCAAAUAGCUUUGUGGAUUUUUCUAAAGGUCUACCAAUUUCCAUGUAUGGAGGCGCUCUAAUACCUUCUCAUCCUCAGUUAGCUGAUGGCCCAGGAGGUCCUCUCUUUAAUGGACUUCAUACUCCAGAUCCAGCUUGGAAUCCUAUGAUAAAAGUUGUCCAAAAUUCAACAGAAUGUACCGAUGCUCAGCAGAUUUGGCCUGGCACCUGGGCACCUCACAUUGGAAACAUGCAUCUCAAAUACGUCAACUAAUUUAAGAGGGUUGAUCCUUUUUAGCCUUGUUGGGAAAACCUAUGACCUUGGAAGAACCCUGGGGAUUUUUUUAAUGUGCCUAACUAAGCAAUUUUUCUCUGUGGGCUGUAACAAUGAAAAUUUGAUUGCCCAUUGUGUAAGAACAAAUUGAUUUACCUAUUCAACUGAUUCUGUUCUCCAGUUAGUUUAGCCAUUUUGAACUUAAAAUCAGAUGAACCUAGUGCUUUUGGCUAAACACUACUGAAUGCUACUUGUAUGCAGCAGAGAACUAGAUGAUUACAUGAUUUCAACCUUUUACGGUGGUAAAUACAUGUAUAAUUGUUUACAUACUUAAAAGGAAAAAAGUUGAGUAAAUUUCAUGUCGUAUAGUGGCUCCACUUUAUGUAGCCUGUAUUAAUGUGAAAUAUUUACCUGAAUAUUCAAUAAAAAGACGAACAGUA